UUGGCAAGGAGAUCCACCACCCCUCGCUUGAAAAAACCAAACCAACAAAACCCCAAAAAGGAAAAAAGAAAUAAAAAAUAAAAAAGGGAACAAUAGAAACAAUUUGGGGAGGAUCACAGAUCUGUGUCUGAGACUGAGCUGAAAGAAGAAAUUUGCAUAUAUACAGACAUAAAAAUCCCCUUUAUUCGUAUAUAGAAAAGAAACGAAGAUGAUGUCCAGCAACUACACCGCAAUUGAUAAUCAAAAUGUUUCAGGAUCUGUUCCGGCAGCCGCAGAUCCACCUGGUCAAGUUGCCGUCAAAUUCACUGAGUCGAAUUUGCAGACAUUUCCACCUUCCAGUUCCCAUGGGAAAAUCUCUGGUGCUUCUGGACCUCCACGCGAUGCUGACGAUACAUUCUCUAAACCAGUAUCCGGUUCUGAUGAGCCCCAGCAGAGUGGUUGGUUUCGCGCUUUCACUAUUGCUGCUUAUAAGCCCUAUUUUGAUGUUGAUACCUCUGAUGUUCUAGAGAGGAUAAAAGAUUCACUCCUUCCAUUCACGGGGUCCUUUUCGGAGAAGACUGCCGAUAAGCCAGAUUUGUAUGGCCCGUUCUGGAUAUGCAGUACCUUGGUUUUUGUUGCGGCUUCCAUUGGUACAUUUAUUACCUAUAUAGCACACAAGCUACAGAACAAGGAGUGGAACUAUGACAUCAACCUUGUCACAUGGUCCGCGGGUUUAUUCUAUGGUUAUUCCACUAUAGUUCCUCUUUGCUUGUUUCUAGUCCUCAAGUACUUCUCUGCUCCAUCUGGUCUCGUUCAGCUGCUGUGCCUUUAUGGCUAUUCCCUUUUUGUCUUCAUUCCAGCAUUGUGUCUGUCUCUUAUUCCCUGGGAGAUAGUGAGAUGGGUGGUUGCUGGUGUAGCUGGCUUCAUGUCUGCCACAUUUGUUUCUCUUAAUCUGAAACACCAUAUAGCAUCGGCUGGCGAAAGGUGGUUCUUUAUUGUGGCUGCUAUCUUCCUGUUGCAACUUGCUCUUGCUUUGGUACUGAGGGUUUACUUAUUCAACGUUACAGUAUAGCUAUGACACUAUUGAAAUGUGUCGAGGAUCGGUUUGAACAUGUCAUAUUAAUCACAGAGUGAGCACACUGUUCUUCGUAUCACUUGACUGGAAGUGUGGCUUGGUCAUUGAAACGGAACUGUAUUCAUUCAUUUUUGACGAUAUACAAUAAUAUAGUUCACUUUCAACAAAA